AUGUUCGUGGUCUUAAAUUUCACAGUGUUCGUUAUUGGAUUCGUUGCGUGGAUCAUUGACCUCAUUCUCUUGAGUCAUUGGAUCAUCACUCAUGUCUUCUUCUCUGCAAGCGAAGUUAAGCCACCACCCCCUGAUGGACCACAGGAUGAACCACCCGCCAACGUCGUACCUCCGUUCGUGACCCAACUUACCACAACAACGCGAGUAUUCAAGUCCGAUUUGUAUCCAUUUCUGCCCUCAAAAACUCCGACUGACACAUUGCCCGACCCACUCAACAACGACGAUCUCCCCGACGCCGAGAAAUGGCUUUUGCUCGAAAAGUCUAAGUGGCUAGCUUCCGAGUAUCCCCAGCAAGUAUCAGAGCUUGUCGCUCGAAUCAUCAAAGGGCGAAAAGGCGAGCCAAUUCCUAAUGCUGUCUGUCUCGGAAUCGGAGGCCUUGAAGGUUCGGUGCAGAGAGAAAUGCAGCAAUUCAUGAUAUAUUCGCAGAUUCUGGCUCAACUUGGCGCCGCAUAUCCGGAGCUCUUGAACAACAUUGUGAUCCAAGAUCCGAAGAUGAUUCCAGCUAUGAGAGCUCUCUUCGAAAAUCAUGGGUGUAGAGUUGUCGAGCACCCGGAAGCAUUUGAGUUGGUACAAGCCAACACGUUCUUCUACACAGCAUUCGUUCUUUUCCAUCAUCUUGCAGAACAUCUGAAAGAUCGACCCACAGCAGAAAUUGGAAUGUACCUAACCAACCCAAUGGAAGUUUGGGAUCUCGAUCCGCCAUUCUGGCAGAGCACACACGCUGGGUUAUUUGAUGAGACCAAGCAUAACCAUGAAGACUUGCCUUGCGACAGACCUGAUGGGAAACAAUAUACUGAUGUUGGCCCCACGGCAGGGCUGUCGAGUUUUGAGGUCUGGUGGAGGAAGCAGCCCAAACCCACUGAGGAAGCGCCACUCAAUAUUGUCGCUCCUGGAGAAACAGUUUAGCAAAGUUUAAUUUGUAGGGGUAUAAGUUUGCUUACUAUGAGCGAGAGGAAGAUCCUAUAACAUUUAGAUAUGGUGCCGCACAGAGAG